GAGGGAGAGAGAGAGAGAGAGAGAGAUAGACAGAGAGAGAGAGGGAGAGCCGAGAGACACCUGUCAGACUGGAAAGAGGAGCCCGGGGGUGGUGUCUCCACCUGUAAAACCAGCCUGUUUCCUGGAUCUACAUCUCUGCUCUCCACCAGUGGACUCAGACAGGAGGAACUCUUCUCUCGUUUGUUUUUUCUUUUCUGGGUUUAGUCGGGCGCUACCUGACCAGGUGAGCAGUGAUGGCGGAGUUUCCGGCCAAAGUGAGCACGGAGACGAGCUCUCCCCAGGCGGCCAGCGGAGGCGGCAGGUUCCACAGCUUCACCUCGCGUUACAUUUCCAUGGACAUGAGCUUCAUCAGGACUGUCCCGGCCGUGCUGAUGCUGGUGGAGAUCGGCCUGGGGCUGUUGGUGUGGGCCCUGAUCGCCAGCAGCAGCUACACCCAGAUCCCGGCCUACGGCUGGGUGAUGUUCGUCAGCGUCAUGUUCUGGCUCCUCACCAUCGUCCUCUUCCUCAUCCUCUUCCUCGGCAUCCAGAACAAGAUGAGCUUUGUGCCUUGGCCUUUAGCGCUGCUGGUCUUUAACAUCAUGGCAACACUCUUCUACCUCACUGCUUUCAUCACCAACGCUGCGUCAGUGUACAACAGCCCACAGGGGGCAGCAGCGUUCUUCGCCAUUGUGGUGACGCUGGCGUAUGGAGUCAGCACCUUCUUCGCCUUCACAUUAUGGAGGGGUGACGGGGGCAACGCUGCCACCAACACAGUGCCGGCAUAGACACGCCCCCCCCCCGCAGCAGGACCCCCUG